AUGGCUGCCGAACAACGCCGUGUUCAUUCACCCUGUGACGAGGACGUUUCCGGACGCAAACUCCAGGAACUGCCACUGACUACUGGCAACGGCACCAUCCUGUGUGACGUCUCCACCGCCUCCCAUCAUCCAUUCGUGCCACCAUCCUUUCGCCGCACAGUUUUCUCCUCUCUGCACAACUUAUCUCACCCUGGGAGUCGAGCAACCGACAAGUUGGUCUCUGAUCGUUUCGUCUAG